AUGUCUCCAGUGCCCCAUAAACAGCCCGGAUCGAGCACAAGCUCGGAUGCUGCUCAACGUUAUCCCCUCCCUUCCUUCCUGGAAUCGAUAACCUCGAGCUCUUCAUCGCCCCUUGGAAGAUUACCUCAGGACCCGAUCGUUGUCGGCAUCAUCUCUGCUUUUGGGGCGAGCGCCCUCACUUUCGGCUCCAUCAUUGCAUACAGGAGGUACUGGAGGAGAAUCAAGAAUGCUGAUUCGGUUACUAUGGGUAUGGUGGAAAGAAAGAUUUGGGUCAGGGGUGUCGUGACCAGUGUGGGAGAUGGAGACAACAUGAGGCUGUUUCAUACACCUGGACCGUUCUACCGAUACCCUUUCAAAUUCCGUUCAAUACCCACAACGCAAAAAGCGCUGAAAAACGAGACUUUGAGCAUCAGAAUAGCAGGCGUCGAUGCCCCUGAGAACGCGCACUUUGGCAAUCCUGCUCAACCACAUGCCAAAGAAUCUCUGGAGUGGCUUCGAUCUACUAUUCUUGGCAAACGGAUGAGCUGUCAGCUGUUGUCCAAGGAUCAAUAUAACAGAAUUGUGGCAGUGCCAUACAUCUCUCGGACAUUCUGGUGGGAUCAGCCCCUGCCCAUCUUGAUGUUGAAGGAGGGCAUGGCCGUGGUAUAUAAAGCUGGAGGUGCCGAGUACGGUCCUUGGGGUUUGGACGAGAUGCUCAAGAUCGAAGAACAGGCUAGAAACGCCAAGAAGGGCCUGUGGGCAAUGAAGAAAUACGAGAGCCCUGGAGACUUCAAGGCGCGUAUGAAACUGAAAGACAGUGCGCCCGAAGAAGAGGUAAAGACGAAACGACGGAGAGCUGCUCCUGCUGGAUUGUGGACCCGUUUCAAACAAUUAAUGUCCAAGGCAUUUUAG